UUUUUUUUUAUGCUUUAUCUUUGUUAUCUCUUCCUAGUUUUAAUUAAUUAGUCAUGUAAGAGAAACACAAUGAAAUCCUAUGUUACUAUAGUUCUAAGAAACCGUUACAUAAAUAAGAUUCAAAAUUAAGCUAAACCAAGUUGCCAUUUAUUGCGCGUUAUCAACGACAUUGCCAUUUAUUUCGCACCCUGAACAACAUUGCCAUUUAUUUCGCGUCCUGGCCAACAUUGCCAUUUUCGCUAUCGAUAUCGGUUGACAUGUUGCCAGACCGCAAACCCUGCCAGAUCGCGUGGCUGUCAAAAAUCGCCACGUUGACAGCCUGGUCAGAGGAUCGGUAUGGUAAUUCGAUCUCUUCCUUUCCGGACAGCCGAAGCGAGCAGACGUGCGCUCCAAACUCGGUCUCUGCCCCCGGUCCGCCGCAGAAGGGAAACCUAACCACACACACACAAACAGUUCCUAUCUUAAACAAGUUCCCCCUGUGAAUUACAAAUUGCUUGUAAGGAUCUCUGGCACGACUGAGGUCUAUCCCAGCCCGAGAAGAUUCGUUACAACUUAAACAUUCCUAUUUUGUAUCACAAUGAUAUUGGCCUUCUUAAACUGAGGGAUGCGGUCCAAUUCGAUGCCUUAAUUCAUCCAAUAUGCGUUGUUAAGGCCAAGCAGGAAAUGAAAAACGCCGUGGAGAAUGCUGUGACCUUUACAGCUGUAGGCUGGGAAUUGCGAAGAGACGGCAAAGAAAGCUCAAUUCUUCAAAGUAUUACACUUGACCACUUAAAUCGAUCAGUAUGCCAUAAUUACCUGGUAGUCAACGUCAAUGAAAAGCAGAUAUGUGCUGGUGACAUUAACGGAGGCGAUACUUGCAGAGGCGAUUCCGGUGGCCCGCUGUCAAAUCAAUUCAACUUUUAUGAACACGGCAUUCGCGAAGUGCAGCUCGGAAUAGUAAGCUACGGCAGUGUACGCUGCGAUGGACCAGGAGUCAAUGUGGAUGUAACUAGCUAUGUAGAUUGGAUACAGAAAGCGAUAAGCGAGCACGAGUUUGAUUCGCCUGAGUCACACCAAAUACCCACUCAGUCAAAUUAUUCGGAGAAUAUUAUGUUGUACAAUGACUGCGGUGGAAAAAACGUUGCAUCAAACUUACUGGCAAAAAUUUGGGGACCUAAUUUUGAGGCACAAGGCGCGCUUAUCACAGACCGGUUUGUCGUCACAGUUUCCAGAGACUUACCUUAUUCAGUAAAUGUGGGUGUGAUGCAAAAAAACCUGGACUUUGAGGAAUAUAUAGUUGAGAAUGUCUUUAAGCACCCUGACGAAAGAAGUAAUAUAGCCUUAAUAAAACUCAAUGUACCGGUGAAUAUAGCCUUAAUUCAUCCAAUAUGCGUUGUUUUGGACAAACAGGGAAUGAAAAACGCCUUGGAGAAUGCUGUGACCUUUACAGCUGUAGGCUGGGGAUGGCGAAGAGACGGCAAAGAAAGCUCAAUUCUUCAAAAUAUUACACUUGACCACUUAAAUCGAUCAGUAUGCCAUAAUUACCUGUUAGUCAACGUCAAUGAAAAGCAGAUAUGUGCUGGUGACAUUAACGGAGGCGAUACUUGCAGAGGCGAUUCCGGUGGCCCGCUGUCAAAGCAAUUCAACUUUUAUGAACACGGCAUUCGCGAAGUGCAGCUCGGAAUAGUAAGCUACGGCAGAGAACACUGCGAUGGACCGGGAGUCAAUGUGGAUGUAACUAGCUAUGUAGAUUGGAUACAGGAAACGAUAAGGAAGUUCGAGUUCGAUGAGCCUGAGCCACCCCAAAUACCCACUCAGCCUAAUUAUUCGGAGAAUAUAAUGUUGUACAAUGACUGCAAUGGAGCUACUAUUGCAUCAAACUUACUGGCAAAAAUUUGGGGACCUAAUUUUGUGGCACGAGGCGUCCUUAUCACAGACCGGUUUGUCGUCACAGUUUCCAGAGGCUUGCCAGAUAAUCCUUAUUCCUUAGAAGUGGGUGUGAUGCAAACAAACCUAGACUUUGCAGAUCACAGAGUUGAGAAAGUCUUUAAGCACCCUGACGAAAGUAGUAAUAUAGCCUUAAUAAAACUCAAUCGACCGGUGACAAAUACAGACGGUAUGAAGCCGAUAUGUAUGGUCACAAGCCCUUAUUACCAGCAGGCAGCCGCAUCUCUUCAAUUUUUCACUGCUUUUGGUUAUGUGAAACAAUGGAACCAUAUACAAACUUAUAAAUUAAACAUCGAGCGGAUCCGCACGGUCGAAUGUGCAAACACAUUUAAUAGAGUUAUACAAGCCAAUGAAUUUUGCACUCGAUCUAGUGAAACACCUUAUAACGAUGGAGUGCCUGGUUUUAUUUUCGGAAAAGAGUUGGAUCAGCCUGGAAGGCAACUAUUCGUUUUGCUAGGGAUUGUCAGUUAUUCUUUCAAUGGUCUGCACGUUGCAACAAAUAUUUUGCCUUAUACAAAUUGGAUUUCCCAUAUCGUUACAUUUAAUUAAUUUUAAAAUGCUUAAGCUUGAUUUAAGUUUGAAACUUUUCUUAAUUAACUAAUAAAAUGUGAAACCAUUAAAAUGUAGAAGCUUCAUACCCACAGCUUAAAAGGCCUUCUUGUAUUGACGACCCAUAAGACCCAGUUACUGCGCCGAUUUUCAUUUUAAAUGUACUUAUCUUUAUUUAUAUGUAUGAACUUAAUUUGUAUAUUUAAUUUGAUUAAAUACAGUGACUAUUUUUCUUUGCACAUUCAA